GUGUAAUAUGUCUAACUUCCUGUCAAGUAGUGAAAUGUGAUUUGCAUGAGCGGGAAGAAUUGUGGGAUGGGUAAUGUAAACGUAAACAGCUCGUGUUCGCUUCUCAUAUCAUAAGAACAUUUCUUCUUACUAGUGUAACCGGUUUAAACAUGGGAUAUUCAUACCAGUAACGUUAAUAAUCCAAAAGCAAGAGUGGAAAACUAGCAGUAGCUAAUGUCAGUAAAAGUUAACAAGUGACUGUCUCGAGUCUCAGGAAAGGAGGAAUAUGGCUGCAUCCUCAGUGGAGUACACCAUAGGAGGAGUGAAGAUCAACUUCCCCUGCAAGGCUUACCCAUCCCAACUGGCCAUGAUGAAUUCAAUCAUACGAGGGUUGAACUACGGAAAGCACUGUUUGCUGGAAAGUCCUACAGGAAGUGGAAAGAGCUUAGCCUUGCUCUGCUCGGCUCUGAGCUGGCAGCAGGCACAGUUUGCUAAACUGGAACAAGGAGGAAGCUGUGUGGAAGACAAGAGCCAGUCAGAUAAAAACUGUGGAGACAAUAAGAAGUCAGAUGUCACCACUGCCUGUCAGUGUGUGUGCCACAGCAAAGCCAGCUGUACCUCCGCUUUGUCUCCCUGCAAAGAGGCUGCACAGCUGCCGCCUCCAGCAUCUGAAACUAUAUCCAUACCAGCGGAGUCACAGCCUAAAAAACAGUCCAUAGCCUCUCGUCUGUCUGAGAAAUUCCACUCUUCCCUCAACUCUGACCGAGAGAAAGAUGAUGAUGACUUCCAGCCAGACAGGAAACGAAUUCGCACUGCUGAACACAAGAGUCGUAAAAGGCAGCGUCUGGAGCAGGGAGUAAUCUUUAUAGAUGAUGAACCAGAGGAGGAAAAUCAUCCCUCAGGACCUGCGAGUUGGACUGCGGAGCCAAACAGCCAGGCAGCUGGUUUGUCUUCAUCAUGCUGUCCCCCUGAACCAUGCUCCCGUUGCCCGUGUUCUUCAGCCAAAGACGAUGUGAAGGACAAAGACAAAAACGGCAAAAAGAAGAUCCCAAAGAUUUUUUUUGGCACACGCACACAUAAGCAGAUAACGCAAAUUGCCCAUGAGCUGAAGCGCACCACUUACUCCAGCGUGCCAAUGACUAUCUUAUCCAGCAGAGAUCAUACCUGUGUCAACCCAGAGGUGGCGCCUCACUCUAACCGCAACGAACGCUGCAAGGACCUGUUGGAGGCCAAAGAUGGCCGUUCAUGCCGUUAUUACCACGGUGUCCAGAGGAUGCGGGACCAGGGCACACUGCAGUGGGUCCAUGGACUCCAUAAAGCCUGGGACAUUGAGGACCUAGUCUCUUUGGGCAGACGGAUCCGCUCGUGCUCUUACUAUGCUGCUCGGGAACUUAUGGAGGGUGCCUACAUCAUCUUCUGUCCGUAUAACUACCUGCUUGACCCGAUGAUCAGAGAGAGUAUGGAGAUCAACCUUGCAGGCCAGAUCUUGGUGCUGGACGAAGCCCAUAACAUUGAGGACUGUGCAAGGGAGAGUGCCAGCUUCACGUUAGACCACAAGAGUCUGCUGAUGUGCAGAGAUGAGCUUGACGGCAUGGUCAACAAUAAAAUCAGAUGCCCUGAACAUGAGUCCCUUAGGGACUUCUGCUAUAGCCUGAUCAACUGGAUCCAGGAGAGCCAAGGCCUGAUGUCUGAACGGGGAUAUGAGAGUGCCUCUAAAGUCUGGAGUGGGAAGGAUGUACUGGGCAUUUUCCACGGCCUUGGUAUUACUGCUGAAACCUUUAGCAUUCUGAAGAAAAACUUGGCAGCAGUAUUGGAGAAAGAGGAGCGUGUUGGUUUUGUUAAUGGUAAAGAGGACAUGGUACAGGUCCCAACCAUCAGCUCAUCGACCUCCACUGUCCUCAAAAGCCUCUUCAUGGUGCUGGACUUCCUCUACAGGGACAACUGCAGGUUUUCUGAAGACUACCGAGUCGCUCUGCAGAAGAGCUACACUUGGACAAACCAGGUCCCACCUGACAUCCCUGAUGCCCAGGGCUUCAUUGUCAGGCAACGCCGCAGACAACGCCAGAGUGUCCGAGUCAAGGCAGAAGUCCUGACUCUAAGCUUCUGGUGCCUCAACCCUGCUGUGGCCUUUUCUGAUUUAAGUGGGGCAGUGCGCAGCAUUGUGCUGACAUCAGGAACCUUGUCACCUAUGGGGUCCUUCUCCUCAGAACUUGGGGUGGAAUUCUCCAUCCAACUGGAGGCCAACCACGUUAUCAAAAAGUCCCAGGUGUGGGCUGGCACUGUUGGUGCUGGACCCCAAGGCAGAAAACUGUGUGCCACCUUCCAACAUGCUGAAACGUAUGCCUUCCAGGAUGAGGUCGGUGCCCUCCUGCUGCAUGUCUGCCAAGUUGUGGCUAAGGGUGUGCUCUGCUUUUUGCCUUCUUACAAGAUGCUGGACAAGCUGCGGGAUCGAUGGAUCAACACUGGUCUCUGGGAGAAGCUUGAACAGCAGAAAACUGUAAUCACAGAGCCCCGUGGUGGUGGCAAGGGGGAUUUUGACGAACUGCUUCAGACUUACUACGAUGCCAUCAAAUACUGUGAGGAAAGAGAUGGUGCUCUGCUGAUUGCUGUCUGUAGGGGUAAAGUGAGUGAAGGACUAGACUUCACAGAUGACAAUGCCAGAGCAGUGGUCACCAUUGGAAUUCCCUUCCCAAACAUCAAAGACCUCCAGGUAGAACUGAAGAUGAAGUACAACGACCAACACUGCAAGACCAGAGGUCUUCUCCCAGGCAAUCGCUGGUAUGAGAUUCAGGCCUACCGAGCUCUAAACCAGGCCCUCGGAAGGUGUAUCCGCCACAAGAAUGACUGGGGUGCCUUGAUUCUAGUGGAUGACCGUUACAGGAGUAAUCCUAAUAAGUACAUCACAGGUCUUUCCAAAUGGGUUCGCCAGCUCAUCCAGCAUCAUGACACCUUCAGCAAUGCCAUGCAGUCUCUGGUGGCAUUCUCUCAGGUGCAAAAGAAGGUGGAGGUGUCCCUUGCAGACAGCCAGACCCCCAGCUCUACUGUCUCUUCUCCAAACGGUCAAUUACCAAUAACUGUAGAGGGACGGAGUCUGCCCAAGGCCUCAGAACCUCAAACACCCCACUUGGCGGUUAAACCCUCUGAACCCCAGCAGGAUAGAAGUUCCCCAAACUUACAUCUUUUUUCUCAUACACAGUUGAAAGCUGAAAAACAUGAAAAAGCAGAAUGGUUGAAGAUGAAGCACAGUCCCCCAGCAGAGCCACUGUCCCAUCCAAAAAGAGCAGCUCAGGGCCUGUACCACAUUUUCACCUCUAGCCCCAUCAGCAAUUGCUUCAAGAAGCCAAUCUUUAAGGAAAAAGGGCCGAGAAAUUCCAGCCAGAACUUUGAAACACCUAAUCUUCCUGAGCACAAAGAGAAACCGCAGAUCCUGUUUCCACAAAAGAAGACUGAAGAGUCUGGUCUUAAACAGGCAGCUAGAGAGGGGUCCAGUGAAAUCAAAGAGGAACCACACAAUUUGGCUACAGUAACAACCCCUCCCAGUUGUGAAAGAGAACCACCCCCAGCAGACAAUCCAGAUGAAGAUGAAGAGGACGAGGACCAGACCAUCUUCUUUACCCCAGAACUUUUCGAGGGUGAAGUAGAGGAAGGCAGCCCUAACAAAGAGACAAAGACAGAGUCACCUCCCAAGAUGGUUUUAGGGGCAGAGAGCCCAGCCCUGUUGUCAGAAGAACUUUUUGGCUCUGAGCAGGCCCAAGGGCAAGCCUCUAUGUUUGAUAGACAGAGAGCUAUUUCAAUCACUAAGGAAACUGCAGCGCUGUCACAGGGACAGAAAGAAGUCACAGGACAGAUGCAAGGUGAGGAGAGAGAGCAAGUGAAAAACCAGAGCAGGCAGACAGACAGUAGGCUCUGCAGACUGUCCAGGUCCAGACAGAAAGCUCCCCCCACUCCAGCAGGUGGAGGCUAUGGAGCAAAGUGUUUAGGGAGAGUCAGUCUUCAGCAGAUUGAGACUAGGGGAAGCCGGAGGAGGACAGACAAGUCCAGAGCAGAUCCUGAGUUAAAGGUGCUGACCAAUGAUUUGAAGAGCAGACUGUCCAGAGCCAGAACUGUCAGAGUACACAACCCAAGAACAGACAGAGCUCAGCAGACAGACAGCUGGAUUACAUGCCGACCUAUAAGUGUAAACCUUGGAGAAACUGAGUCAGGCAAGUCCUUUGUGGGUGUGAGGGAACACAAAGCCCUUAAAAAAUUGCCCACCACACCUGUCAGUUCCACAAAGGCUGAGUUUGACAUUGUGACUCCUAAGCAAGAAGACAUAAGGGGUCUGCAAGACGCUGGAGCAGCAUGUAGUCCUUCCAGUCUACCAGUGGAUGCUCCUGGAAGUCAGCCCAACAAAUCAAAAGGCCCUUCAGUGAUCCAUUCCUUCUCUGGGAAUCUCCAGUACCACGGAAAGAUCAAAAGGAGCGUUGGGGGGGAUGAUGAAGCGCUACAACCUAGUAGACGCGGCCUAUUGUGGGCGCCGGAUUCCUCUUAUCAACCCGCCGCUGCUCACUUGACGGGCUGUGUACAAAGAGGGAGAGUGAGGGAAGAGCUGCGCUGGGUGCUUUGAAGAGGGAGGAUUACGGCCUGGGCAAUGACACUCACAAUAACAAGUCUUCUAGGCUCAGCUAGGUGCUGCAUGGGAGUGGACUGAGCCAGUUUGAUCUUGGAGUGUUGGGAAAAUGUGGGAUCCCAGGGGGUGAUGGUCUGGUGCUGGCUCAGGGUCUGCACCUCUUCCCCUACCACCUAUGCACUGACCUUCCUCACAUGUUAAGAGUAUAGAGCCUGAGAGCCUAAACUGUACUCCUUCUUCCCUUGGUACAUAAGACAACUUGAGCAUCUGGUGAUAACCUUAAGAUUGGUAACAUCUGAGGAUAUCAUCAUGCUCUGAAAUGCGUUAUUGUUUUUGAACAUUUUUCAAUUCAAUCUUAAGUAAAUGUGCACUGAUGCAGGGAGUUCAGUAUACUUACAAUGUAAAAUCAUAAAAUACUAAUAAUUUAAGGAAAACUAUUUUUGGGGGCUUUUUGAUGCAUUUCAAAAUGAUUUUAAUAUUUUGGAACAUAAAACACAAGCACACAGUUUUUGUGUCUAAAUGCUCUUUCUUGCAAUUCUGAUCUAUUAUGACACAAUUUGCUACAUCCAGAGUGUAAGAAAAUGGUAUCUUUUCAAGGAAGACAUGCAAUGAUGCAAACUGAGAUUUUAUAUCAGGCACAAAGAGCAUGUCAUUAAUUAGCAAGAAUUUGUUGAUGCAGAUCAGCUCAGUCUGUUUGAAGUCUGUUUAUUAGGACAUUUAAUAUAGUGCUGAAGGUUUUUGAAUUAAUCUUUCUGUCCAAAUACUUUUGAAGUCCUCAAAAACAACAUCACACAUGCACAAAGUUUAAAUUUCCGCUGCCUUUAGAUGUGGAUGAAAACAUUUUAAAACAAAAGUGAUCCUGACUAUCGGCAGUUUAAACUGACAGUUAAUUUAUCAUUUAAUGUUUAAAAUGAUACAUAUAACAUUUUGACAUGUCUAUGAAGUGUCCAUGUCACCCCUCACUCUGAAAAGCUUUUUGCUUGCAUCAAACUCAAAACCCUGCAGAUCAAACACUGUCACUUCAGCCUGGUCUUCGCUCUACACUGCAUCCACUUUUCCCGUGUUCCACACAGAACAGCAUAAUGACUCCACCAUCAUCUAUUACACUAUCUUUUCAAGAGAUACAAUGCAUUACCUCCCCCCCUUGCAAUUUCUAUUCCUUCUUCUCUUACAAAAGGAUUGUUUGUACAAUCUGCGUAAUAAUUUCUUUUAGUUGUGUUAAUAUUUUGCUUAAAGAUUUAAUAGUUAAUACUGUAUGUGGUCACUGAAAACAGCUGCACAGUGAGACAUGCCCCAAGUCUAACCAAAUGAUCUAAACCAGAACAUAAAUUAGAAGGAUUCUAAGAUUACUGACACAACAAACUGACUUUGUGCCAUGCACAAAAUAAAUCAGAGAAUCUUUUUCUGAUUUUUAAAUUUUUAAUCCCUGCUUCCUUUUGUUGAGCACUGGUUAAUUUUACUUCUACGGCCCUCUAAAAUUAUUUAAAUAUAACAAGAGGAAAAGGAAAAUCACUCUUUGGUUGAAUUUCUCAGAACUUGUAGACAAAUCCAAGUUGUGAGGAAUGGUCGCAAGCAGAUACUGCUGCUUCAUUUUAAAGCCAAAAAUGUUGGGAAUCAAUUAACUAAAUGCUAAUUGAUAGAUCUGUCUCCAUCAGUAUUGCAUUCCUUCAUGAGCUGACAAGUAAAAUGUGAAUGAUGAAAAUAAGACCAGGAUGUGACUUACUCUCUCUGCUCUGGUGUUUGUUGCUGUUCAGCUGUGGUUUGCCACUGGCAAUGCUAUGUUUAACAUAUCAUCUAGUCAAUCUGAUCAGUCAAAUGUGGCAUUAACUGUAUUAUGUUGUAACAGGAUAUGGGACUAAGGGUCAGAUAACUAUGCAGAACAUUAAGGGGAGAACAUAUCUACAUGUGCCCAAGACAUUAAGUCAGUCAGUAAAAACACAGCAACAUGGCUGAUCUCUUGCUGACAAGAAUCCUAAAAUCUCACAAACUAUUAACAUGGAAAUUAUUAAUUUAAUUAUUUAAAGAAAAACAGUUGAGAGACUGUAAUGGCCAAUGUGAACAGUAAGAAUGAGACCCAUUACUGUGUUUAUAUAGGCACUUGACUAAUGUUUUGACACAAACUUGAAAAAAUGUCAACAUAUCCAUUUUACUCUAUUUGCAAAUUGCAAAUAAAGUAAAAUGUAAAUACAAGUAAUUUUGUCAGUGGCUAAGAAGAGAAAAUUUCAGUCUCGGGGGUGGAGUUAUCUUAUGUCAUAUUACCUAACUUCUGAGUAAUGUAAUCCUGCAGACUUUCCAAACAUACUGUGGUAAACAAGUGCUUGCCUGGGUUUAUAUGACACCAGUAUGGUUUCCAUUGUAGAACAAUUCAGUUUGAACUUGUGCUUGUUCUCCUACACAAACUUGUUGUGUUGUUCCUCAGGGCUCAGUUCUUGGGACCAUACAGUUUCUGUAAAAAUAUAAAACUCCUGCAAAUUGGCUUGAUUACUUCACUCUGUAAAAUUAACCUAAAAAAAGAUCAGUCUGAAGUUUUUGUAAUUUGAUUUGGUUUUAGGAUGACGUUGCAUGAUAAUCAUGAUAAAAAUAGCUUUAAUGUCAUCUCACUUUGAUUUUGCCUGUUGUUUUUGAAUUUUAUUUUAAGAUUUUGUUAUGUGGGAUGUUGAGGCUUGACUGACUCUGGCUUUGUUUUGUUUUUUCCAGACAUUUGACUCUCUUAUCAAGCAGAACUCAAUUUGAGACUGGUUGUUGUUGUAUAUUUAGUUGAUAUUUAAUUUGGAAUUUUAUAUCAUUUGAGAUGUGCUUUUGCCAUAUUUUCUCUCUUAUUGCACUAACAUCUUUCUCACCAGCACUGGUUUGUGAUGUGAUCAAAUAGAUAAUUAAGUCUCUGUUUUAUGAUUUAUGAUCUGACUCUGAUUACUAACCUGUCAGUGAUGUCCUGGGUGGCAUCAUACAUUUGACAGCAUCAAACAUUUUGCACAGAUUAGACUGAAGUAAUCAAUGAGAACUGAAAUGAUGACUUAACUAAGAUUGAGAGCACUCAAGGAUAAUUUCAGCCUAAAUUAUUCUGUUUUUAAAAUUUCCUUGUCUGCUCUGUGAUUAAUAUUUGAAAGAUUAUCAGAGUAUCACCAGAAAUUAGUCUCACUUUACUCAAAAACUAUACAGAAUGAUAUGACAGGUUCAAAUAGCCAUGCACUGAAACAUUGGCCAGCUCAGAUGUCAGAUUUAAUAUAGUGUUUUACUGUGUUUUACUGAACUACUACAACACGAUCCUUGCUAACAGUUCAACAUUACCAAAUGUCUUCUGCCAUGAUAACACAGUGAAUGCACUAUUCAUACAUGACAUGCUUGAAUAAUUCAGUCUGGUGUUGAUAUCAUUUUGCGUGAGUUCAUUUUCAGAGUUGUCACUCCUGAAGGAAUGAAGCCACUUUGUCUGUGACCUUCAGAGAGUGCUGCAGACUGACUGUAGGUAAACCCAGACAGGUUUCCCAGCACAGCUGCAUAGCUAAACCACUGCACAGCCCUUCAAAGGGCUUUAAGGAUUCAGAGCCCACUUUAUCAGCUGGACAAGGGAAAGCCCAUCUCUUAGCGUUAUGCAGCAUUAAGGAAAAAAUGUGGUGACCUUUUACAUUUUUUUACUGGAAAAAAAAAACAUCCCAUGAGGAAUGAGAGGCGGAGGUCGAUUUGAGAGUGUACUCAUUCUCUGGUUAAUGUCCAAAGGCCUCACUAUCUAAUCCUCAGGUCGCAUUAAAUCCAACAAGCCGAGCAGUCAUUUGUGUUUUCAAUUAUGUACUCACUGCUGCAGGAACUCUCUGUCUCUUCCUGAAAGGCAAAGUUAUAACUGCUAUAUGUUACUAUUAGCUGUCUAAACAGAUGGUCACAGAAAGGUAUGAUAUUCAUUUUACGUAAUGAAUCCAUCACUUGAAUAUCACUUUCUCUGUAUUUUUCCACAAACGCUGGUGUUUUUGUGAUGUAAAAUAUGAGAGGCUUUUAAUAUAUUAUGUGACCAACAAGAUAUGCAGUGUGUUCCUGGUUUCUUUUGACUUCUUGGCAACAAAGGAAUGAAACAGUUUCCUUAGUGGGAAGACUACUAGUUACCACAUCACUAUUUCUGUUUAAAUAUAGAAUUAUGUAGCAACUUUGAACAUAUUUAAAGAGUUCAGAGGAGGUGUGACUGAUUACCUGAUUAUUUAUUAAUGAGGUCAUUUCUAAUUAUGGAAUUAAAAAGUAAGCACACAUACACUCAAAUGUCAUCACUCUCCUUAGCACAUGCAAAAAAAAAACUUUUUAAAGGUGGAUUACAAACAUUUAAAUUAUAAAUAAAAGUCUUGUGUCCAAUAUUUUAUCUUUAAACAUUUAUGAUGGUUUCCCAAACUUUGGGUCUAGACUGUACCAUGACUGGUAAAUGAUGUCUUUGCUGCUUUACUAACCUGCCUGCUUUAGUAAUGAUCAUCUCUGUGCCGGCCUCAUGGAACUUCUUCCACAGCUCCCUCUCAUGAAGAACGACCUUAAUGUUCUCAAUGUUCUGAAAGACAGAGGAGCCAAUGAAACGCUGGCUUUAGCUGUUGGUCUGAUAUACUUCAGUGUAAACAUUUG